AUGGGUACCGGUCGCCGUAUGGGAACCAAGCAGGGCGUCCCUGCACCCCUCGAUGAAUCAAAAAUCUCCUCGCUGAAGAAGCGCAAGGCUGGCAGCGCUGAGGCCCCCAAGGCCACCCCAAAGCGCCGCAGAUCCGACGCCGACGAGGCUGUUUCGAAGAAGCAAGCCCCUAAGAAGAAGAAGGUCACCGCCGCCCCUGUCAAGGCUGAAAAGAAGGGUCCCAAGAAGGCUGUGCCAGUGCCUAUGUCCGACGAUGAUGAGGAAAUGGAGGAUGAUGAGUUUGGUGACCUCGAUGGAAUCAGCGAAGGCUCAAUGGAUAGCGACGAUCAGGUGGAGGGACUUUCCGACAUCGAGGAUGAUGACUCCGUCGUUGAUUCUGACGAGGAAAACCACGCUCGUGGCGCCAUGUUCUCCGACGACGAUGACUCCGAUGCCGAAGAGAGAUUGACUGCCGCCAACAUCGAGGGUCUGUCACGGAAGCUGGACGCCGCUCAGCAGGAAGAGGAAGAGGAUGCUGAGCAGGAGUUGCAGGAUGCGCAGAUGCAGACCAACAUCGCCGCGCCUGACGUUUUCGCCGAUGAAAAUCAGCAACAGGGACUCGCACCUGACCUGCAGCUUCUCCGCCAGCGCAUUACUGACACUAUCCGAAUUCUCGGUGACUUGAAGACACUUGGACAACCAGAAAGGUCGCGCACAGACUACGUCGAUCUCCUGCUCGACGACAUUUGCACCUACUACGGCUACACCCGAUUCCUCGCCGAGAAGUUGUUCAACCUGUUCACCCCCAUGGAGGCAUUUGCCUUCUUCGAGGCCAACGAGACCCCUCGCCCCGUUGUCAUCCGUACCAACACUCUCCGAACUAACCGCCGAUCCCUCGCCCAAGCCCUGAUCAACCGUGGUGUCGUCCUCGAGCCUGUUGGCAAGUGGUCCAAGGUCGGUCUGCAGGUAUUCGAGUCUCCCGUGCCUCUCGGUGCCACCCCCGAAUAUCUGGCUGGUCACUACAUCCUUCAGGCCGCUUCUUCGUUCCUUCCGGUCAUGGCUCUCGCUCCCCAGCCGAACGAGCGCGUCCUCGAUAUGGCCUCCGCACCCGGUGGUAAGACGACAUACAUGUCUGCCCUCAUGCGCAACACUGGUUGUGUGAUCGCAAACGAUGCCAGCAAGCCUCGUGCCAAGGGUCUGAUUGGUAACAUUCACCGUCUUGGUUGCAAGAACACUAUCGUGACCCACAUGGAUGCUCGCACUGCUUUCCCCAAGGCUAUGGGCGGUUUUGACCGCGUUCUUCUCGAUGCUCCUUGCACUGGUACCGGUGUCAUCUCUAAGGACCCCGGUGUCAAGACCUCAAAGAAUGAGCGGGAUUUCCUCGCCAUUCCACACAUGCAGCGCCAGCUUCUUUUGGCCGCUAUUGAUUCCGUUGACCACGCGUCGAAGACUGGAGGCUACAUCGUUUACUCCACUUGCAGUGUGACAGUUGAAGAGAACGAGGCCGUUGUGCAGUACGUCCUUCGCAAGCGCCCCAAUGUCAAGAUUGUGGACACUGGCCUCGGUGGCUUCGGUAGCCCCGGUUUCCUCAGCUACAUGGGCAAGAAGUUCGACCCUAAGAUGGCGCUCACUCGCCGUUACUUCCCUCACCGUGAGAAUGUUGAUGGUUUCUAUGUCUGCAAGCUGAAGAAGACCGCUGUUACCCCGGCGCCUAAGUCGGAAGACACGGAAUCCCGCUCUACGGGCCGCAAGAAGUCUCGCAGCGCCAGCGCUGCAUCCUCUGAUGACGAGUCUGUCGACAAGACCCCUAUUGUUGACGAGAACGGACAUGCCGCCGAUUUCGAAGGUGGUGCCUUCAGCGCUUUCGAGGACCCCGAGGACGCUGAGCGCAUUGCCCGUGCCGAGCGCAACCGUCUUCGCCGCAAGGGACUCAACCCCAAGGGUGUUUUGAACAAGCCCAAGAAGAGCAAGGCCGAGCCGUCGCAAAAGACCAGCAAGACCGAAGAGCCUAGCCAAGAAGAAGAAACUAAGACAGUUGCCUCGAAGAAGUCUACUAAUGAGCCCAAGGGCGAGAAGAAGACCGUCACCAAGGGCAAGGAAGAUAAGAAGCCCGUGACCACAGAGCAAGUGGAGAAGCCUACCAAGGCCAAGGGAGAGAAGAAGGGGGAUAAGAAGGCCAAGAAGGCCACGAAAUGA